AUGAAUCAUAUUUUCAGACCAUAUUUGCGUAAGUUGGUGCUUGUUUUCUUUGACGACAUUUUAAUCUAUAGUAAAAAUCUGGUUGAUCAUGCCAAACAUUUAUCUAUAGUGUUUGAACUGUUACGUCUGCACAAGCUAUUUGUCAAGGAAUCCAAGUAUGCUUUUGCACAAAAAUCUAUUGGAUAUCUUGAUCAUAUUAUUUCCUCUGAAGGUGUUUCGGUGGACAAUGACAAAAUUCAAUGUAUUUCUUAUUGGCCAAUUCCUACUUCCGUUAAAGAAUUACGUGGAUUUUUGGGUUUAGCUGGCUAUUACCGAAAGUUUGUCAAGGAUUUUGGUAAAAUUAGUGCUCCAUUAACUCAACUACUGAAGAAGGAUGCUUUUCUUUGGAAUGACAAAGCUACUACAGCUUUUAAAUUACUGCAAAAAGCUCUCACCAGUACACCAGUUUUGAUUCUUCCAGAUUUUUCGAAAUAA